AUGGAAUUUCGAUUUAUUAGAAUACUUUUACUAGUUUUCAUUUGGGUACCAUUUGUGACAUCUUACUAUGAGUGUAAUCAACGAUUGGUUCUAUGUGGCUGUGGCCUGAAAAAUGUUGAGAUGAAUGUGCAUAUCGCGAACGGCGAAGAUGCAGUUCCGCACAGUUGGCCAAUGAUUGUAUCAUUAAGAUAUGAUUGUCUUAAUAAUGGGAAUGUCUCCACUCAUUGUUGUAGCGGUACUAUCUUAAGUGAUUCAUAUAUACUCACAGCUGCUCAUUGUGUUGAAAACAUAAAUGAAUCUAGUCUCUUACUCGGUAAAAUUACUAUUGCUACUGGCAUUUAUAGUCGAUCUCAACAGUGUCAAACAAUUAGAAAAGUUGACCAAAUUUUUAUUCAUCCUAAUUGGACAGCACAUGUAAAUGGAUUCAGAAAUGAUAUUGCCAUACUUCAUUUAACUGAAUCACUUGAUUUUUCGACGAACUUAUUAAUUGCUCGCACCUGUUUACCAUCCCAAUCGAAUUCCACCAAUGAUAUCACGAAAUAUCCACCAUCCAAUAGUUCUCUUGUUGUGAUUGGAUGGAAUUUUCGUACGACUUUAAAUUCUACUGCACGCGAUAUACUACAACAGGCAACUCUUAUAUCAAUACAUCAUAAUCAUUCGUCGUGUGCCGCAUCUAUUAACCAUAUUGAAACACAAUUUUGCGCAGGACGGUACGAAGACUGCAAAGGAACAUGCAUGGGCGACUCCGGUGGUCCAAUACUUCGAUGGAUCGGUGAUCGAUGGGAGCAAGUUGGUAUCGUUUCGUAUGGGUUAGACAAUUGUGAAUCAGCUAAUCAUCAAAUGAUUUUUACACGAAUUACUGCGUACUAUGAUUGGAUCGAAAGAGUUAUGAAUCAAAGGAAUUCUACAGCCAUAACGACGGCAGCAACAGCUACAGCAACAGCAAUAACAACAGCAAUAACAACCAUCAAUCGUCCAUUAUCUGUUUAUAGAUGUAGUAAGAAUAAUACAUUAUGUGGAUGUGGUUUUAAUAAUGUUGCAUUAACAACUACGAGAAUUGUUGGCGGCGAGGAAGCAAUUCCAUACAGUUGGUCGAUGAUUGUAUCUCUCCGAUAUGAUUGCCUUAAUAAUGGUAAUUUUACAACUCAUUGCUGUGGUGGAACGAUUUUAAACAGUUAUUAUAUUCUUACGGCUGCUCAUUGUGUUGAUAAAAUAAAUCUAUCUUCAGUAUUGUCACAAAAUAUUACUAUUGCUGCUGGAAUUCAUAAUCUAACAGAAAUCAAUCAAACCAUACGACGCAUUGAUCAAAUUUUCAUUCAUUCUGAUUAUACUGGCUUAGCAGAUAUGUUUAAAAACGAUAUCGCUAUACUUCAUUUGAGCGAACCUCUUGAUCUUGAUACAAAUUCACGUCUUAGUCGAACUUGUCGGUCAUCCCGCGUAUACACCCAGGAAGAUAUUAGGCAAUAUCCAUCGAAUGGAUCCAAACUGGCUGUUGUCGGCUGGGGUCUUUUAAAUAGACCUUUUAAUAUAAAACCUCAACUGUUGCAGCAAUUGAAUAUUUAUGCAAUUCAUCAUAUACAUCCGACAUGUGCACAAUAUAUUGGUUAUGUUGAUGUACAAUUUUGCGCUGGAGUGUACGAUGAUACUAAAGGUGAUUCGGGUGGACCAGUCAUGCAAUGGUUAGAUGACCAUUGGGAACAAGUUGGUAUAGCUUCUUAUGUAGUAAGAGGUUGCGCAUCCUAUGGCUACCCAAGUGUUUACACCAGACUUGCUUCUUUUCAUGAUUGGAUCGAAUGGAUAAUAAACCCAAGCAAUUAUACAACAACUACAACAACAAUUGCCUAUCGCCCACCAAAUGUUUACAGUUGUAAUAAUAGGAAUACGUCAUGUGGAUGUAGUAAAGUAAACGUUGCUUUUUCAUCAUUAAGAAUAAUUGGUGGUGGUGAAGCUGUUCCAUACAGUUGGUCGAUGAUUGUAUCUCUCCGAUAUGAUUGUCUUAAUAAUGGCAAUUUUACAACCCAUUGUUGUGGUGGAACUAUUUUAAACAGUUAUUAUAUUCUUACGGCUGCUCAUUGUGUUGAUAAAAUAAAUCUAUCUUCAGUAUUGUCACAAAAUAUUACUAUUGCUGCUGGAAUUCAUAAUCUAACAGAAAUCAAUCAAACCAUACGACGCAUUGAUCAAAUUUUCAUUCAUUCUGAUUAUACUGGCUUAGCAGAUAUGUUUAAAAACGAUAUCGCUAUACUUCAUUUGAGCGAACCUCUUGAUCUUGAUACAAAUUCACGUCUUAGUCGAACUUGUCGGUCAUCCCGCGUAUACACCCAGGAAGAUAUUAGGCAAUAUCCAUCGAAUGGAUCCAAACUGGCUGUUGUCGGCUGGGGUCUUUUAAAUAGACCUUUUAAUAUAAAACCUCAACUGUUGCAGCAAUUGAAUAUUUAUGCAAUUCAUCAUAUACAUCCGACAUGUGCACAAUAUAUUGGUUAUGUUGAUGUACAAUUUUGCGCUGGAGUGUACGAUGAUACUAAAGGUGAUUCGGGUGGACCAGUCAUGCAAUGGUUAGAUGACCAUUGGGAACAAGUUGGUAUAGCUUCUUAUGUAGUAAGAGGUUGCGCAUCCUAUGGCUACCCAAGUGUUUACACCAGACUUGCUUCUUUUCAUGAUUGGAUCGAAUGGAUAAUAAACCCAAGCAAUUAUACAACAACUACAACAACAAUUGCCUAUCGCCCACCAAAUGUUUACAGUUGUAAUAAUAGGAAUACGUCAUGUGGAUGUAGUAAAGUAAACGUUGCUUUUUCAUCAUUAAGAAUAAUUGGUGGUGGUGAAGCUGUUCCAUACAGUUGGUCGAUGAUUGUAUCUCUCCGAUAUGAUUGUCUUAAUAAUGGCAAUUUUACAACCCAUUGUUGUGGUGGAACUAUUUUAAACAGUUAUUAUAUUCUUACGGCUGCUCAUUGUGUUGAUAAAAUAAAUCUAUCUUCAGUAUUGUCACAAAAUAUUACUAUUGCUGCUGGAAUUCAUAAUCUAACAGAAAUCAAUCAAACCAUACGACGUGUUGAUCAAAUUUUCAUCCAUCCUGAAUAUGCUGGACAGCAAGAUUUGUUUAAAAACGAUAUCGCUAUACUUCAUUUGAGUGAACCUCUUGAUCUUGAUACAAAUCCAUUUAUUACACAAACCUGUCGUCCACUUCGAAUGAAUUCAUCAGAAAAUAUCAUGGCGUAUCCAUCGAAUGGAUCCAAACUGGCUGUUGUCGGUUGGGGUGCUGCGAAUAGACCCGCUAACAUCAAACCUCAGUUGCUACAACAAUUGUAUAUCCGUACAAUUCAUCACAACGAUUCGACAUGUGCAAGAUCUAUCGGACAUGUUACUGUACAAUUUUGUGGCGGAGUAUACGAAGGUGGUAAAGGUGAUUCUGGUGGUCCAAUUUUCGAGUGGUUAGGUGAUCGUUGGGAACAAGUUGGCAUUUCUUCAUAUAUGAUGAAUGGAUGUGCGUCAGUAGGCUAUCAAAGUGUUUUUACACGGCUUGCUGCAUUUUAUGAUUGGAUCGAAGAAGUUAUAAAUCAAAGUAAUGCUACAACAUUAUCUUCUUUUAAAACUUCUACAGCUCCUACUACCAGUAAUACAACUACAUUUUCAAAUAAUACAACGACCAAUAACGCUGCUAAUAAUCCUAAUAGCUAUUUUGGUAUAUGUGGAAGUUUCUUCGUCGUUGUGUUUCAGUUAAUUCACUAG